AUGUCUCCUUAUAAGUUGGUUUUUGGUAAAGCGUGUCACCUUCCAGUCGUGCUUGAUCACAAGGCCUAUUGGGCGACAUACAUGCUAAACUUUGAUAUGAAAUUAGUUGGGAAGCAAAAGAUCCUUCAACUUAAUGAACUUGAUGAGUUUAGGUUGGGGGUAUUUGAGAAUGCCAAGUUAUACAAAGAGUCUGAGAGAUGGCACGAUUGGCCCAUGAAGGAAAAAGAUUUUGAGGUUGGUCAGCAAGUUCUCAUGCGUAAUUCUCGCCUCACGCUCUUUCCACGUAAGCUAAGGGUGAGAUGGUCGUGUCCUUUCGCAGUUGUGGCUGUAUACCCUUAUGGCAAAGUUGAGGUGGUAUCUCAAGAUCUCUAG